AGCAGUGUCAACGUGCUAUUCUUUGCACUCCUCCCCCCUCAAAAUUCUCCUAAAAGGCCUAUUCCAACCCUUCAGAUGAGGCGAGAAGGUGGACGAGAGACCAGCCGGCCCGUUCUCGAUGGCCGUCCCUAUCCCGAGCCGGAGAUGUGGGCCAGGGAAAGAAGAGGAAAAAUUCAAUUGCAGACGCGAUGACUCUUGACAUAACUCAAAUUGAUGGGGCCUUCUCUGCAGCCCACUCGCGGGAACGUGCAUGGAUCUCCUCUAUGUGGGCCUUCUUUAUGUGGACACCAUCACUGACAGUCACAAAGUCCUGGGCUAGCCAGUCAUGUGGCCAGAAUUUGGACGCCAUCGUCAAUUCUAGGAGACGGCAUGGCGGCGGCAUGGCUUCCCGGGAGUCGGUCAUGGGUCCUUUUCGGAACCCAGGUAUCAGGAAAAUGUCGUGUUCAACUUAUGGAUUAGCCCACAGACUCACAAAACAUAAAAGGAACGACAUGGGCGGCCAAGAGUGCUCUACAACCCUGCCUCUUCACAUUCCAGCCCUGCACUUUGCAUUCCAUCAAAGCCAGCUUCGACCUAUCGUCAGUCGUAUAUAUACUCUGCUGCCAAAGCACGACUAUAAUUUUCAUCAUGGCGCCAUCGACCACCACCACCAUGCCCUCACAAGAGACCUACUCUCUUGACUACUACUCCCUCAACACUGUCUUCUACGGGCCCGUCCACACCCACCAGUCGAUGUCAUGGAAUUCUCAGCAGCCGAAGCAGAAGAAGGGUCAAGAUCAGGCGGGCGCCGAGAAGAGCAGCAAGAAACAGACCGGUCGUCACUUUCUGCCCUUCCUCGGACACCGCCCCCGCGACACUCCCUCCUCUGGCGAGGCAAAGACCAUCUCCUACAGCACGUCAGACCCUCUACCCUCGCCGAGGUCGAGCUUCUCCUCUUAACCUUCUGUACGGGUCUUCAAGACGCAAUCUCGUUCCCAGACUACCACUGCUUCGCCUCGAACCAAACCGGCAACACAAUCUUCCUCGCUGUAGCCAUCAUCGUCCCCAAACUUAACGGCGACACCUUCUUCACAGCAAAUAUCGCCGUCGCCCUCGGCCUCUUCCUGGCAGGCGGCUACCUCACCGGCCAGCUCUCCCACGUCGUCGGCCCCCGCCUGCGCAUCUGGCUCAUCCUCUGCAACUUCGUCCAGACCCUCCUCGUCUUCGCUGCGGCAGCCAUCAAGCGCCACACAGGCAUCCAGGCCACCGGGCCCCUCAGUCUGCUCGUCAUCUCCCUCCUCGCCUUCGCAAGCGGCAGCCAGGUGGUGCAGAGCAGAAGCCUGCGCAUGACAGAGAUCUCGACGGCCAUGGCCACCGCCGCGUGGGUGGACCUGGUCAUCGACCCGCACCUGAUGGCCGUGCGCCAGAAGAACAGGCCCAGGAACCGAAGGCUGGCGUUCAUGGUGUCCUUGUUCGCGGGGACUCUGCUGGGCGCCGCAAUCUACAGGAUGGUUGGGUCCGAUGUCGCCAUCUUUGUGAGCGGUGGCGGCAAAGCCGUCGUGACGGGAAUGUACUUUCUGAACGGGGCCGAGGAGCGGAGCAACAAGGAGGAGGACGACGACAAGGUGGCGGUCUGAAAAUCGGCACGAAGAGACACUCAUGUGUCAUAGUCUCCAUGGUAUGUAGGUGUGUGGCAUUGGGGGUUUCUGGUAGGAAUUUUUCUUUUUUUUCGGCACUUUUUAUGAUGAUACCUCGGGUCUGCGUUCAGCAAAGGGCGUUUGAAAAGCAGCAAGCAUUUUGUAGAUCUUAUUUUUAGCAGCAUAGAACAAAAAUCACAAAAAAAGCAAUGACGAUUGUUUACUCAUACCAU